GAAUCACAAUCACAAUCAAAAUCAAAGUCUUCAGAACAAUCAUCUUUCGUCGAUUUCAGAUCAAGUCAAAUUCACUGAAAGAUUCUCCUCAACAGAAUGUCAGCAACAUUAGAAUCCGACUCCGACACUCUCCCGUCUAACUUCACUGUUGAAGAUAACUGCAAUAAUGUGUUUCCACCAUCACCCCCCAAAGAUUUUGGUACAGGUGGAUGCGCACCAAGUACUGGAAUUCGACCUUCUACCCCAACACCUAGUUCAAAAAAUAAUUCCAUGCCAACGCCUGUUCAUACUCCCGAUUCAGAACGCCUGCUUUCUCCUUGGGACAAUGUCUCUUCAUCUUCCCCAUCAAAGCGUGGCACGAUCCCAGACACUCGCAUUCUCCACCGCGAUCGCUACGAUCUAAAUUACACUCGGACUUCUGCCCGUCUCCAUUACAUUUUAAAUCUCGAAUCCGAGAACUUACGUGUACAUUAUCAGAAUCUUCAAUUCUACCGAAAAUGGACUUCUCAUUUGAUUUCGCACCUCCCUGGUAUCACUGUAACGAUCAAUCUUGAAUCCACUCCUCCGGAGAAUCACAUCACUACAUCCCCUCCUUCCCACACUCACUCCGUCAUUAGAAAUGAUGACCCUUAUAAUUUCCUUCCUCGAGCCGACUACCUCAAUGAAAUCACAAUUCUCACUCGCCAAAAAAAUCUCCUCCAAAAAAACGAGCUUGUCACAGCCAAAUCCGAGCUCCACGCUCUAACCAAGCAUCUACUCUCCCUACCUCUCCCCCAAACCUAUCAAAACAAGCAUAACGAAGCCGACACCCUCCUCUACCGCGUGCAGACUGCAGCAUCUCAUUCUCUUUAUGACCGCAGCACAGGUUUUCAAUGUUCAGGCUGGACAGACAGUCUCUACAAUUCCGGCGUAGCAGACAAAAGAGAAAGAGACGGUCGAGCAUUCCAAUCCCAUUGCAAUUACACCUCCAAUCCCAGUCCUUAUAUGUCCGUGUCCACAUCUGUUGCACGACUUAUGAAAUUCAUCGAGUUCAGGGUGGACAAGGAAGCUGAGAGUCGUGUAUUUGUCAUCUCGCUGAAUCGACUUAAAAAACUGGGUAUCAAAGCACAAAGUACGGAGAAAUAUCUUAAAAGAUUUGUGAAUUCGUUAGGAGUCCAGAAGUAUGAAAAAUAUUGGGGAAGGGGAGAUAUAGGUGAGAAUGAGGUGAGCUAUGUCACAGAAACCCAUUGGUUGAUAGAGGGAUGGAUACCGGAUCAGGCGAUUGUCAGUGAGAUGGAUUGUGGAGAUUUUUGGAAGAUAGCGGAGAGAGAAGGGAUCAAUAGGGUGGCUGCCUUGAAAUAUCUUAUGGACAAGGAAAUAGAAGCACGGAAAAUUGACUUGGAAAAGUGGCCUAAGAGAGAUAUGUGAGUAGGGAGAGGAGAUGGGAGCGAGAAAGAGAAAGAAAUCAUACCACCAAAAAUUCGAACGAGAACAGUACACAGGAAACUGGAAGCUCGGGAGAAGAUGUUUGCAAAAGAGCACACAGAUUGCAAUAUCGAAGUUAUGACCUAGUCAAAAGGAGGAACGAGGAAUCGAGAACCGAGAGAAGCAUCGUUAUAAAUAUGACGAUUCAGUCAGGCUUGGACAUGGACCACUCGUUAUCGUAUUUUGGAAGACGUGGAGAUUUUUUUUUAAGUUGGAUACACGAAUAUAGAUUUAGAUAGGGCGUUGGAGUUUCGGUUAAUAGAAAUUGAACAAAUAUGACA